UAGCUUUGCCACCUAAAAACCGACAUUUAGCUUGAAGAAACCCCAAAGCCAAAGAUCAAUUUUUUUUUGGACAAGAAGAAGAAGAAUCACCGACGAUAGACACCAUGGCAAUGUAUAUCCGUGUGAAGCGUAAUAAGACCACCUACUUUAUUCAAUGUGACCCAACUGAGACAAUUCUACAAAUGAAGGAGAAAUUGUCUAACCUCAUAGAUCAACCUGCUAAUGAUCAGCAAUUAGUCCUGAUGCCUGCUGGAGAUGUGUUGGAAGACUCGAAGUCCCUAGCUGAUCAGAAGGUUGAAAAUGACGCUGUGGUGGCGCUGACUCUGAGAAAAGAUGACAAUGAAUUCGAGGAUGUGAAUAUCGUGAAACCAGAUGAUGAAUUUUAGCAGCCUCACGAUUCAGAUGGUGGUGCAAAUCGGUGACAACGUACAUUCUGGGAACAUCUAAUCCUCAACAAAGAUCUGUAUACUUGUAAACUGGCAAUUGAUUGACCUGCAUCUGGUUCUUCUAAAAUACUCAGAUAGCCUUGAGUUUCAUGCUGUAGGAAAGUUUCUGAUAUCGUCGCGGUUCUGUUUAGCAAUAUACUGUUCAAGAGAACUACUUUUUAUGAUUUUUGCAAUGACAAGAGCUCUAAGAUUCAGACAUAGUGCAUCAACAACUUUUUUUAGUAGGAUUAAACUUUUCAUGGAUGUAUGAAAAUUGCUGGCCAAGUGUGUGAUUUGUCAGCUGUACUUUUUAACUUAAAAAGUUGUAACCCCCGGAUAUAUGGUGCAAUCCAUCCUUAACCUAAGGUAUCAGGUUCAAACCUCGUGAA